AUGUCCUCCGUUACUGGUUUUUACAUCCCACCAAUUUCCUUCUUCGGUGAAGGUGCCUUGGAAGAGGCCGCCGACUUCAUCAAGGGUAGAGAUUAUGUCAGAGCCCUUAUCGUCACUGACCCAGGUAUCGUUAAGAUCGGAUUGUCCGACAAGGUCAAGGCCAUGUUGGAAGCCCGUGGUCUAACUGUUGCAGUCUACGACCAAACUCAACCAAACCCUAACAUUGCCAACGUUAUCGCUGGUCUAAAGGAACUAAAGGCCAACAACAGUGAAAUCGUUGUCUCUAUUGGUGGUGGUUCCGCCCACGACAACGCCAAGGCUAUUGCCUUGCUAGCCACCAACGGUGGUGAAAUUGGUGACUACGAAGGUGUCAACAGAUCCAAGAAGCCAAGUUUGCCAUUGUUCGCCAUCAACACCACUGCUGGUACCGCUUCUGAGCUAACCAGAUUCACCAUUAUCUCCAACGAGGAGAAGAAGGUUAAGAUGGCCAUCAUCGACAACAACGUUACCCCAGCCGUUGCCAUCAACGACCCAACCACCAUGUACGGUUUGCCACCAUCUUUGACCGCUGCUACUGGUCUAGAUGCUUUGACUCACUGUAUCGAAGCUUACGUUUCCAUCGCUGCUAACCCAAUCACUGACGCUUGUGCUUUGAAGGGUAUUGAUUUGAUCACUGAAAGUUUGAUCGCUGCUUACAAGGACGGUAAGGACAAGAAGGCCAGAACUGACAUGUGUUACGCCGAAUACUUGGCUGGUAUGGCUUUCAACAACGCCUCCUUGGGUUACGUCCACGCUAUUGCUCACCAAUUGGGUGGUUUCUACCAUCUACCACACGGUGUCUGUAACGCUGUCCUAUUGCCACACGUUCAACAAUUCAACACCGCUUGUCCAAAGGCUAAGGCUAGAUUGGGUGAAAUUGCUACUCACUUGGGUGCCAAGGAUGCUACCUCCGAGGCUGCUAUUGAAGUCCUACACCAAUUCAACAGAGCUAUGAACAUCCCACGUAACUUGAACGAGUUGGGUGUUAAGCCUGAAGACUUCGAGAUCCUAGCUGAGAACGCCAUGGAGGAUGCUUGUCAUUUGACCAACCCAGUUCAAUUCAAGAAGGAAGAAGUCAUUGCCAUCUUGAAGCAAGCUUACGAGUACUAA